CCUAAAGGCCUAAACCAUCCACCCCCGUCGUCUUCACUUCCUCCACCCCUCUCCUCCCUACCGUGCUAAUGGCGGCGGCGGCGGACCUCACGGGGACCAAGCGGGUCAUGGCCUACGCGCUAUGCAAGCACCUCAACGUCGAUCCCAGCACUGUAUCCAAUACAAAUAUUGAAGAGAGUGAUAUUGCAAGCCUGUUUUCACAUAUUGUGAAAUCAUCUCAGGAUGAGGUGAUGAAGUGGGUAAAAUUUUCCAGUGAUUUUGCUGGGAGCAAUGGAAAACAGCAUGCGUUGCUUGAUAAUCUGAAUCAGGAUUUGUCCCAAAAGUCUGUAUUGCUUGGUGAUGGUCUUAAACCAUCAGUUGCUGAUAUUGUGGUGUUUGCUACUGUUCAAGCUUUCGUGACUCAUGUCAGCGAUAGCGAGUUACAGAAAUUUCCUCAUGUAUUGCGGUGGAUGGACUACAUUCAGAACAUUGUUGAUUUUGGUACAACUUCGCAAAAGAUAAAUGUGGCCAAGUCUGUCUUUGCUCCACCUUCUCAUCCGAAGAAAGCUGAUAAAGGAGACACUGAAUCAAGUUCAAAGAAAGCCGUUUCCGGACAGAAGAUUGCUGACAAGUCAAAUGGAAGUGCUGACUCCAAGAAGAAACCUGCAGGGGAGACUAAGGCUCCUGAAAAGGAAACGCCUACUACUGCGAGAGACAACAAAACCUCUGGUGAGAAGAAGAAAGAUAAGUCUGCAGGAAAAACAGCAGAGAAAGCUUCAGAGAAAGCUUUGGAGAAAACUGCAGACAAAGAUUCAGAGUGCAAUAUCAGUAUCCUGAAUAUUCAGGUUGGCCUUAUCCGUAAAGCAUGGAAGCAUCCAUCUGCUGACAGUCUUUUGGUUGAGGAGAUAGAUUUGGGAGAUGGUAAUGUGCGUCAAGUUGUUAGUGGUCUUGCAAAGUACUGCAGCCCUGAUGAUCUUACUAAUCGGCACGUUGUCUUGAUCACGAAUGUGAAGCCUGGGAAGCUGAGGGAUGUCAUGUCUGCUGGAUUGGUCCUGUGCGCUUCAACUGAAGAUCAUACUGCUGUGGAGCCUUUGAUUCCUCCAGAAGGAGCCAAGAUUGGAGAACGCAUUUCAUUUGAUGGGUUUGAUGGGAAGCCUGAAGAUGUUCUAAAUCCAAAGAAAAAGCAGCUGGACAAGAUUACCCCGCAUCUUCGUACCGACGAGAAUGGAAUUGCAACAUUCAAAGGGAUACCCUUUACCACAUCAGCUGGUCCAUGCAGAUCUUCGAUUCGCAACGGGAAUGUUAAGUGAGGACUGAGGAGCUCAUUAGGCAUGCCUCAUGCUGAUGGCAUACAUCAAUGUGGUAGAACACAUGUGAGGUGGCUGUACCAUUUUGCCUUGCAUCUUGUUUUGCCCAUACAAAAUGUGCCAAAUUUCAUCCGAAUCAAUUCUCUAAUCUCUACCGGUGGCUGAGCAGAGAGUUUUUGAAUUUUUAGUGUAUACAAUCACACACAAAUCAAAGAUCCUUGAGUUGCCACAGGCGUGGUCCCGUGUUGGGCAAGAGAUCUGGGAUGUUUUUCUUAUCAGUUGUGCGUUAACCAAGGUA